AGCCUAUGCUAUUUAAUACUCGGACUUCAGAAUCUGAUCAUUCACCGUGCAACGCAGAGAGCAGAGCCAGCAUCACCGGGAGACAUCAUCUACGGAACCGUGACAAGACUCGUCCCUAGCGGGCUGAACAUGCAUCUUGUGGUAUUUUGAUCCAUGCCGAAAUUUGUUUGACUUCAGUGCGAGUGCAGAGUUUAGAAUGAACAGAAAGAAUGAAUGUUCCGACCAUUGAUGUUUAGUUCAUACAAAUAGUAGGUCUACAGCCUAUGCUACCUAUGGGCCCAAGAAUAAUUUCUAUAAUACUUUUUGUCAAAAACAUUAAUUACAAAUCAAUAUAGAAUCAAUAUCUUUGUCAUUUGUUUUGUUCUUAGUCUUACAUGAGGACAAAAAUUAUCUCUAACGUUGAGGAUAAUAUUUUCUUCCGACUCGUUUGAUUUUAAGAGUAUACUUUCUUGGUCUAUUCCCACACAAAGUUCAAAUCAAUGUCUCUAAUUCUGAAACCCAAAAUGGAUCCAAAUUCGAACCAGAAACCAGAUCUGCCUGCACUCCCGAAGAGCUUGAGUGGGCUUCUGAAUGCCAACAGUGGAACUAGCCGAGAAAUGGGUAGAAUUUUAGCCCACCAAACGAACAUACAGGACAGUCUGGCAGCUGGAUUUUCUCCGAGCCAUGUCCAUAAGAGCGGAGGACGGAAAAAGAGGAAGCGCAUUGAAAUACCAAGAGGAAAUCUAGAUGCUGCAUUGGCCUUGCUUAGAAAAGAAAUGGUUGGUCUUCGUCAGCUGGAUGUAUCUCUCUUGAGUGAGCUAUGGUCUUUAAAUGAAUCCAUCCAAGAUUAUAAGUCAGACAUGGAGAAGGUGGUUGAUAGCUCUUCGGAUCUGGACCCUGAUGACUCUCAGCUCAGCCAACUAUCGGCUCUAGAUGAAGAACAAAUGGAGGAUUAACUGUGGACCUAGUCCCACUAUUAGCAUAGACCAAGAACCAAGAUGAAAGCUAACUAGUUGUGCUUGAUGAACAACCCAUGGAAAAACAAUUUAUACCCUUGGAUAUACACAUGUGGUCUGUCUGUAACCAAUUUCAAAGGUUACAAAGAGAUGAGAGAUGAAUGUGUUUUGGUCAAGUGUUUUUACUAUUGAUAUUCAUGUCAGCACCAAAUGAUGGAAGUCGGAACCAAGAUAGUUUGCACCAAAGGAUGGAAACCAUACAAAAAGUAUCCUUUUCAAGAGAACAGAAGAGGGUCUCCAUGAAUCACUUUAACAACAUUUUAUUAUUUUUGUAAUAUGUUGAUGAUUCUUACCUGAUUGCUAGCAAUUAGGGGACCUACAGCUUGAGGUCCUCUCUGAGGGACCUACAGUGUAUGGUGAAUCUUACAUCACUAUUAAAUUUUGCAUAUGUUGGGGUCGUGUGUACUUUGAAUUGAUAGUGAUUUAUUAUGAAGUAGAACAGUUGUAUGGACCUAAUCAAGGCCUUGAGUCCUGGUAGACCUAGUCUUAAAGCCUAGUCCUAGGCCAAGAUACUUUCCAGCAUGAGCAAACUAUAUGACCUUUUGAUGAAGAAAAAUAGUGUGAAAGAAUCAGUGUGUUCAGUUUUUCUUAUUGGAUGUCCAGAAAAAUUACCUUUCACUAUUUGAGCAAUGUUCAAAAUUUUGUGAAAGUGUCAUAACUACAAUGAUAGCUACUGUUUUGCAAUUUGUUUUGAAGUGGGAAAAUUAAAAUAUGGUAUGGUUGAAUACUGAAUUUUUGAAGAAAUACUCAUUGACAGUAAGAAUAAGACUCAUGCAGACUGCUGCAAGUCAAAGGGAUUUGCUUAAAAUUUGCUUUUAUGCCUCAAGUGACACGUGAAUGAAUUUUGCAUGCCUGAUGAAUAAAAAUCAUUUGUUGAAUAUAAGGAGAAAUGUCAAUGUUGCACGCAUUUCAGAUAAAGCUUUUUGCUGUACAGUGUAUUUAAGAAUCAUUUAAUGAUUUUGCAAUUGCAUGAAGUAAAGAGUAAAGAUUAUUUAUGUCCAUGGCAGCCUAGUUUCACUAAAUAAAGUACUGAUUUUACGAAACUUUGGUUGUGUGAUGGAAAAGAUAGUUAAAGUAAUUCCACCUUGAGAUACGAGCCCACAACAGGUGCAUAUUUAUUUCAAUCACUGGUUGAAUUAAAUUUAAGAUAAAAAAUAUACUUUUUGGUCUGAACCAAUAUUGAGUAAAGAGGGAACUUGUACAUGUCAGAUGGGUUGAACAACACAAAAGUCUGUGUAAAGCUUACACAAUAUUUCCUUAAAAUUUACAGAGGAUAAUGUAGUGUUAUACAACAAACAUCAAGUUCUGUUGUAAUCCAACAUUAGGUUUACUGAACCUUUGAAAAGUGUGGGUUCUUUCUAACUGCAUUGUAAAAUUUGUUGUUUCUUGAUAUGGUUCUUAAUUAAUUUCUUAUUCAAUGUUUUUGUUCAACCUAAGAUUUAGGUUGAAAGGAUGAACAAAAGCUACAAGUUGUGAAUUAAUGGCAGUUAGUAAAAUCAUUUCCAUCAUUACCCAAAAUCUGAUUUUCUUUCUAUCCUUUGGCAAUUUAAGUAGAAUACAACUUGCUUGUUUCAUAUUAUCAAAGAUGGUCCCUCUCUCACCUUUUAUUCUCAGUGUGUGAAUAUGGAAUGUACAUUGUACUUUGUAGCUUCUUUCAUGUAUGAAAGGAUAAGUUGAAUAUAAAAAGGAAAGUUAUCAACUCAUUUGUACUCCUAGACACUUUACUCUUGUAGAUGUGUAAAAUAUGUUCUGUUCUUGUUUCUUGCCAGUGUACAUGAAUGUAAUCAGGUUGUGCAAGAAAAUAAGAUUAAUCAUUCAUUUGUUAUGUAAGAAUCAUUGGUAAACCUUGCUUGUAAAGCUAAAACUGUUGUGCCUUGCCAAGUGAUGGUAUUUUGUGGAAACAAACUGUUUAGCAUAUCAUAAGGAAUAUGAUUAAGAAAAAAGAUGUGUACAGAAGCAAAAAUAUUAAAAAUGUGAAUAUAAAAAAUAGAAUGCUCAUUAAAGAAUAUCCAUUCUCAGGAAUUCAAGUGUGCAUUCUAUUGGCUAAUAAUUUUUAGUUUUUCUGUAUCUUUUUAAAAAGUACUUACAAAAGUCAUCAACAGUAUUAUACAUUUGAUAAUCACUUGCCAUGGGGUGUUGUUUACGUGUAACACUGUUUUGUAACAAGUUUAUUGUUUGUUUACUUUCCUAUGUGUGGUUCAUUGUUUUGGUUUGAAAAUCUAUUUUUUUGUAUCGUUUGAUUUCUAUAGUUCAGCCAUGCCAUUUCUUUGAGCAAUCUUUUACUAUGGAACAAUUUGUUAAAUAAUGAUUUGUACAUUGGAAUGUGCCAACAUAAAAAUACUGUCCAGAUAUGCCAUUUGUUUGUCCAACUCAUUAAUAAGAUGAAGCUUCUUGCCAAGUAUUGUGUAGUUUGGUAUUAUCAAUCAGAUUGCAAUAGGUGAGGUCAGUAAAUUUAAUUUCAGGAUUAAUAGGGAAGUUGGCAUCAGGAAGGAGAUAUGUAGAAAAACAGGAAAUGUGUCAUGUAAAUUGUGCAACGUUGCUCAUAUUUUGGCUGAAAAACAUGAAGGUACAGGGUAUUAUCUACAGUGACCAGGUGCCUUUUACACAAAGAUUUUAAUAGAUGUUGAUCUUACAGUUACAUUUGAUUUGUUUCUUGAUUGUGUUUAAUGAUCAGUGUCAUGGAGAUAAGUCUUGUAAAGACAAAUAAACCACCAAUGUAUUGGUAAUGGAUGUCAGAGCUCCUGAAUGCACAAUAUUGAAUUUAUUUUGCUACGUCUUUCAGAAAAAAGUUUUGACUCCACAGGAUUUUUGCAAGCAACCUGUGACAUGCAAAUUGACUCACCGGGUGAAAAAAAAGAUUUGUCAUUUGUUGCAUGUGUCUGUCCGCAAAACUGUGUCUACAUGUAUGGUAUGCAUGACAGCCAUUCAUAAAAACAUGUUGGUUUAUAAACUACAUGUAUAGAUUCAAUCAGCCUGGUUUAACAAGUAGUAUGGAAUUGGUACAAAUUGCAUUUUCUGAACAUAGUGAAAUUCUUGUCCUUGCCUUGAUGGUCAAGAAAACUUUUCAUUGUUAUUUCUGUACAAGGAACUUUUAAAGAUCAUACUAACUUGAAAAUUUAAAGUGAAAAGCACAUGCAGGUAACUGCAUUACCAUACUGCCAUCAUUUUUUAAAUUUUCACUGUUUUUCAGUUUAAAAUUUAAACUGAAAAACAGUGAAAAUUAUAUCUUCAACUUUUAAACAGUUUUCUUUUGGCAAAACAUUUUUGUUAUGUUACUAUUAACCUUAUUAGAUUUUUUUACCCAAAAUUGCAUUAAUAUUUGGAAAGAAUAAUUUUCAUGAAUAACAAAUCAUAUUUGUCUGUGACAAAAGUGGAAUUGACAUGUGCCUUUCUACAUGAAUUUUGAAAUUAUUUGUUACUUGGCUAUGUGUAUGAGUUCUUUUGUUGCGCCAAACUGAUUCACGAUUAAAGUUUAAGGCAAUAAGAAAUGCCUGACUAUUUUGCCGUCUCUCUCUCUUCUCUUAAUGGUAGUUUUAUCAACUUACAUGGUCUGGAACUCUUCCUCCUUCACACCCCCCCCCCCUAUUCAUCUGACCUUCUGCAACAAAAAAGGGAAUUUCAUGUUUUCUCACUGAGAAAGAGCACCUUCCUAGCAUCAAUUUGAAUGUUUGCAUUGAACGUAUAUACACAUAAUCAUUAGCCAAAAUACAUAUGAUAUAAUUUCAGUGUUGAUGAAUACCAUUCUUUACACCACACAUAUUGAUAAGGCCUUUUGGGGUUUUUGCUUUUGGCCAUCAAAAAGCAGUAUUUCCCAAACUGUUUAUUCAAGAAAAGUGCAAGUGCCAUUUUUGUUACUGUGACUUUUAACACAUAAUUCAUAAAAUACAUGUACAUGUAGCUUGGGAUCUGUUGUUUCAUGAGCAUGGUUAACACAUCAGAUGCUUGUCUCGGUCAUGUGGCUCAAUUACAUCCUGUCUGCAUACCAUUUGAGGUACAUGUAUGGGUUGCCAGUCAGUCGGGCUUCAGGGGUCAUUAACUUGACAGUAUUAUGCAUGCCCGUACAUGGAAGACUUGUGAAAUUGGCUUGUUAUAUCAAAAUAACUUUUUAUAUCAAAACAUCUUUAUGUAGUGUUAGUAUGAAUAAGGAGUUUAAUGUGAAGUCACCAAUAGUUUGUAGCACAUAUUUGCUGCCUCAUUGACCGGUUUGAAUAUUUGUUAGCACUCGUCUAGUGUGUCAUUGAAGCAAUGAGUCAUUACUUUGUAUCACAAUUGUGUAAUGUAAAGUCAUCCCGACAUUCUUCAAAAUCAAGACAAAAUGUUGCAAUAUUAGAUUGGUAUUAAAGAAGGAAUAUUUGCUUAUUUUUUGCGACAUCUUGUACAAUGAAAUGUGUAAUAUGUACAUAGAUGUUUUGUAGCUGUGUAAGUUAUUUGCAAUACAAUCAAUUGAAUAAGAAGGAACUCCCUGAUGUUGAAAGUUACAUUGUACCAUUCAAAGUUGAUUGACUCAAAUGACAACCAUCAAUACAAUUACCACCAUCUUCCUCAUCAUCAUCAAUCAAUCAUCAUCACCACCACCAUCAUCAUCAUCACCAUCAUCGUCAUCAUCAUCAUCACCACCAUCAUCAUCCCCACCAUCAUCACAAUUACCACCAUCUUUCCUCCUCAUCAUCAAUCAAUCAUCACCAGCACCACCAUAUACCACCUUUACCAUCAUUCUUAUCAUCUCUUUGUGUUAUCAGAAAUAUAUCUUGAAAAGGCAAACUUAAGUUUGAAAUAUGACACAUCUGAUUUAAAAUCCAUUUUGUCUAUAUUUGAUAAUCUCUGAUGAAUUUCAGAAUGUGAUAACUCAGUAAUGUAUUGUUUGAUCUGCAUUUAUUAAUGCCCCAGUACUUUAAUUUUAUUCUUCAUAUUUAUUGAACAAAACUAUCAGCACAUAGCAGUUUACAUGUAUUACAUAAUUGUUAAUUGAUAGUCUUUUGACAUUACCUUGCAAAUUGAUAGGAAUAAGUGUUUGAUUACUUGUGUACAUUCAUUUAAUGAAAGCCUAGAGUGACAUAGUUCCCAUUUCAUGAAAUCCCUGCUAGUCUGAGUGUAAAGAGAAACAUGUUAACACAUUUCUCUGUAAGAUGUUAUGACUUGGAAGUCUUGAAAACAAUUUUGUGAAACUGCCCCUGGUUCAGUUGAUGCUCUAGAUGUGAGUAGUAGUUUAGAUUGCAGUACUAAUACUUCACAACUCUGCCUUAUUGUGUUCAUACAAGGUUGGUAUUAAUGGAAACCAAAUACAAAUUCUUUGGAAG